UUCAGGGAACACCAGUCUCUGCUGUUUGGACUCCUCAGGCAGACUCGGCCAGGAUGCUGGAAGUCCUCCCCAAAGAAUGUGAGGUUUGCUCACUUCACAAUGGCUUUAGGUGGAGUUAUUCUUGAUGGGGGACCCUGUGUGAGGUUAGGUCUCAAGGGUUUGACUGUGAUUACAAUGGGUGGGUUGCAGGUUGGGUGAAUAUAGUAAUGGUACUUACUCAGUAUGUGGGUGCCUCUUGGUCAGAGAUACCUUUUCCUAUUGGGGACCUUUGCCCCUUAACAUUUAAAGGGGGGGGGGCAUCUUCCCUCUGAGAUAGUCCUACAUUGCACUAGAACUCACCUUUUUAAUACAGAUUUCCAAGUGUGUUUUGUGACUUUUUUUAAGCUUUUCAAUCAAGGGCUACACACAGCCAAUACAGUCCACAUGUCUUGGUGUUCUAUUUCUGUGAAGACAUCCUGUAAUCAGGUCUUGAGAUUUAGGGCUUACUUAGAGUUUCAAAAGGUUUGGUUCAUUAUGAUGGCAGGCAGACAGGCAUGCCCUUGAAGACCACACCUACUUCAAGCUGCUCCCCACUUUUGAAGCCUUCAAAUGUAUGGGUCUAUUUUACUCAAAAACUACAUAAUGGUUUGCAUGUACUAGUAAGAAUGCCCUGUUAUUUGGAGAACAUCCUCAGUUCUGUCACCCAGAAGUUGCUAUGUGUGUUGAUUAAAAAGCUUCCUGAGGGUUACAAGCAAGGCUGUAGUUUUAAACCCUAUGUCCAAAACUGCAAUACUAGAAAUAGGACGGUUGGGAAAAGCUGUAUUUAACGGUACAUGUGGUCUCACCCGUGUUCUGUCUGGUACUAGGUCAUGUGUACAACUGUUGAGUGAAGACUUCAUGUUUAGACAUUGGGUACCAGGCCCAUGAUGUACUAAAAACCAGGGGUAAUUGUAUUGGGGAUAUAACUGUGGGACUCGGUAUAUGCAAUAGCCUGUGUUCAGUCCUCAAAAAGGACCCCUCCUUAAAAAAGAACUGUCGGCAACCCAAGUUGUUGGUCAGUAGUGGGCCUUGAAUUGUGUUGAUACUGAUACUUACAGGCUUCAGAAUUACCUGAUGAGAACAACAAAAACAGCCCUGGAAGCAAAGAGAGAAACUAGCGACCCACGCCUGCGCAGUGUCCUGCCUGCGCCGUGUGCAGCUUGUGCAGCUUGCGCCUGCGCCUGCGCGAUGGCAGCACUGCACAUGCGCCCAGCCUCCCGCCUUUUCAGUGGCACGGCUUCCGGCCUUGGGGUACUCGAGGCCUCACGCGCAGAGCCUCGAGUGUCAGAAAGGCCAGAGAGAUGCUGAGGCAGGAGGCUACUUCGCUCUCGAGUUCCCCACGGUGGACGCCAUCCCGGAGGGAGGUCCCCCGCCGGAGGACGCCGGCCUCCGCGUCCAGGCCGAGCACAGAAGGUGCCGUGGCCGACAGGAGCAGCAGCAGCAGCAGCAGCAGCCCGGCGCCGGCGGCCGCUCCAGGUUCAUCAUUUGGAAACAAAAGAUCUUACACUACACACAAAGCUGCAUCCAAUUUUCCUGUUGGUACGAGCUCGUCUUCUGCACAAGAUACCACGUAUCCACAUACGUUUAGAACUCCGUUAUCUGCUGGAAAUCCCCAGAGAUCAUAUAAAGGUUGGACACCACAAGUAGGACUUUCAGCCACAUCCUCCGCGGUGUCUGCACAUGCCCCGUCAGUCAUUGUAGCAGUGGUGGAAGGAAGAGGGCUGGCUAGAGGCGAGAUAGGAAUGGCAAGCAUCGAUUUAAAAAGCCCACAGAUUAUGUUGUCACAGUUUGCAGACAACACAACAUAUGCAAAGGUGAUCACUAAACUCCAAGUUUUAUCACCUUUAGAAAUAAUAAUGUCAAAUACUGCUUGUGUUGUGGGAAAUUCAACCAAGUUAUUUACUCUGAUCACAGAAAAUUUUAAGAACGUUAAUUUCACUACAGUCCAAAGGAAAUACUUCAACGAAACAAAGGGCUUAGAGUACAUUGAACAGUUGUGCAUAGCUGAGUUCAGCUCUGUCCUAAUGGAGGUUCAGUCCAGGUAUUACUGCCUUGCAGCUGCCGCAGCCUUAUUAAAAUAUGUUGAAUUUAUUCAAAAUUCAGUGUAUGCACCCAAAUCGCUAAAGAUUUAUUUCCAAGGUAGUGAGCAGACAGCCAUGAUAGAUUCAUCAUCAGCCCAAAACCUGGAGCUGUUAGUUAAUAACCAGGACUACAGGAGUAAUCACACUCUCUUUGGUGUUUUAAAUUACACCAAGACUGCAGGAGGGAGCAGAAGGCUGCGCUCCAACAUCCUGGAGCCGCUGGUUGAUGUGGAAACAAUCAGCAUGAGGCUGGACUGUGUCCAGGAGCUGCUUCAGGACGAGGAGCUCUUCUAUGGACUCCAGUCAGUCAUAUCAAGAUUCCUGGACACAGAGCAGCUGCUUUCUGUUUUGGUUCAGAUUCCAAAGCAAGACACGGUUAAUGCAGCUGAAUCAAAGAUAACAAACUUGAUUUAUCUGAAGCACACAUUGGAACUUGUGGAUCCUUUAAAGGUUGCUUUAAAGAACUGUAGCACGCCUUUACUAAGAGCUUACUAUGGCUCCUUGGAAGACCAUAGGUUUGGGCUAAUACUUGAGAAGAUUAAAACAGUGAUAAAUGAUGAUGCAAGGUACAUGAAGGGCUGCCUGAACAUGCGGACUCAGAAGUGCUAUGCAGUGCGCUCCAACAUCAGUGAGUUCCUGGACAUAGCCAGGAGGACAUACACAGAGAUAGUGGACGACAUAGCAGGAAUGAUAUCACAGCUCGCAGAGAAGUACAGUCUUCCCUUACGGACCAGCUUCAGCUCCGCGAGGGGGUUUUUCAUCCAGAUGACCACAGACUGCGCUGCGCUCUCCAGUGACCAGCUUCCUUCAGAGUUUAUUAAGAUUUCUAAAGUGAAAAACUCAUAUAGCUUUACAUCAGCAGAUUUAAUUAAAAUGAAUGAAAGAUGCCAAGAGUCUUUGCGAGAAAUCUAUCACAUGACCUACAUGAUAGUGUGCAAGCUGCUCAGUGAGAUCUACGAGCACAUCCAUUGCUUGUACAAGCUCUCGGACACAGUGUCAAUGCUGGACAUGCUGCUGUCGUUUGCUCAUGCCUGCACUCUCUCUGACUACGUUCGACCAGAGUUUACUGACACUUUAGCCAUCAAACAAGGAUGGCAUCCCAUUCUUGAAAAAAUAUCUGCAGAGAAACCUGUUGCAAACAAUACAUAUAUCACAGAAGGGAGUAACGUUCUGAUCAUCACUGGACCAAAUAUGAGUGGAAAGUCCACGUUCUUAAAGCAGAUUGCUCUUUGUCAGAUCAUGGCCCAGAUCGGCUCCUUCGUCCCAGCACAGUACGCCUCCUUCAGGAUUGCUGCGCAGAUCUUUACGAGAAUCAGCACUGAUGAUGAUAUUGAAACAAACUCUUCAACAUUUAUGAAAGAAAUGAAAGAGAUAGCAUAUAUUCUUCACAAUGCUAACGACAAGUCACUCAUACUGAUUGAUGAGCUUGGCAGAGGCACUAAUACAGAAGAAGGGACUGGUAUUUCUUAUGCUGUCUGUGAGCAUCUGCUGAGCACAAAGGCAUUUACACUCUUCACUACCCAUUUCCUGGAACUGUGCCAUAUAGACACCCUGUAUCUUAAUGUAGAAAACAUGCAUUUUGAAGUUCAGCAUGUGAAGAAUACCUCAAGAAAUAAGGAUGCAAUUUUGUAUACUUACAAACUUUCCAGGGGACUCACAGAAGAAAAACACUAUGGAUUAAAAGCUGCAGAAGCCUCCUCACUUCCACCAUCAAUUGUCUUGGAUGCCAGAGAGAUCACAACACAAAUUACAAGGCAAAUCUCGCAAAACCGAAGGAGUUCCCCUGAGAUGGAUAGACAGAGAGCUGUGUACCAUCUGGCUACAAGGCUUGUCCAGGUCGCUCGAAACUCUCAGUUGGAGCCGGACAGGCUGCGGACAUAUCUGAGUAAUCUCAAGAAGAAGUAUGAAGGGGACUUUCCCAGGGCUGCGGACCUUCCAGAGAAGACUGAGGAGUGAUCAGUUCACAGUGUAUACAGGAGGCACUACCGCCACCGCCACAUGCAGGAGUCAUCUGGAAAGCUAAAAUGGACUCUAUUGGUUUCGAGUUGGAAACAGAUGAUGUAAAUCAUACAUGUUACCCAGUUGGACCCCAACCACGUAAAAUGCCAGAGCCUCAGUGGAGACACGCCCAAAAAACAGGAGGGGUUGGUUUUGUUUUGUUUUUAAGUUUUAGGAAGACAUCUGUUUAAAGAUUCUGUUUUGGAGAUUAAAUGCUAAGGAAAAGAUACUGCUGCAUUAAGAGAGAUUUUCCUAGGGACCUAUAUAGCAGUGGAAAGAGAGAACCAACUCUACAGAACUGCCCUCUGACCUCCAACUGUACCACACAUAAAAUAGUAAAAAAGCUAAAAACAAAACCAACCUUCACUGUCCAGGCCGCUUGACACUUACGGUAGACGUCCAUAUAUUCACUGUUUAUCCAGUGAUUAAAGAAUUGCUGAUGCAUAUUCAACUAUGGCAUGUACUUCGGAUAGUUAUCAGGUAUGCAAAGUAGAUAUAGUGUCUGUGCUUAAGAAGGUGUGGUGUAGACAUCCAAGCGCCUCAGAUAUGAGGAGAGGGGAUGGAGGUGCAGAGGAGCCAGCUCCCCAGGCAGGUGAACCUGACCCCCUUCCACACUGUGCUUCUCCACUGGACAUCCUCACUGCGGUUGUUUGGAGCCUGGCUAUAGACUCUGCUUCUCAGUGACUUUGAUCAAUUCUAUCCUAGUGUUUUUGUUAUGAUUCAUGUAUUCUGCAGUAAACACGCAGACCCGCCAGUCACUGUGAAGCAAAGGUGUAAAGACAAGUGAGGGCACCAGAAACAGCUCCCCAGCAGGCUGUGCGGAGACUGAGCACACGGACCCCAGUGGGAGAGUUAGGGGAGGGACGGAAGGAGCUGAAGGGGUGUGCAACCCCACAGGAAGAACAACAAUAUCAACCAACCAGAGCUCCCAGAGCUCCAGGGACUGAACCCCCACCCAAAGAGCACACAUGGAGGGACCCAUGGCUCCAGUCACAUAUGUAGCAGAGGGUGGCCUUGUCUGGCAUCAGUGGGAGGGGACCCCUUUGAUCCUGUUGAGGCUGGAUGCCCCAGUGUAGGGGAAUGCCAGGGAA